GCGUUGAGGUGUUACUCUUCUUGAGGAGAUGACACGUGGCGACUGGGAUCCCUUGGAGCGGCUUCGGGGGCUGCUAAGAACGAGGGCAAUGUGUCUCGAUGCACUGCUGCAGCCACGUCAGCCAUUGUCGGGACCCCAUUUGUGGACAGACACCCCUUACGUGGCCGUUCGGAUGACACAUGGCGGAGCAGGAAUGGCCGGCGCUCUACAGCCAAUCAACAAUGGGUCCAUCACGGAUCUUGGUGAACGGCCACGUGGCGGUGAUGCUGGCGUCUUGUGCUCACGUGGCAGUGAUCUUGGUGGUACCGGCCAUGUCAGUGUCCUCUGCACACGUGGCACUGACCUUGGUGCAUGCAGACCGGGUGCAUGCACACGUGAAAGCAGCGACUUUAGUGCAUGCACACGUGGCACUGACCUUCGUGCAUGCACACGUGGCACUGACGUUCCUGCAUGCACACGUGGCACUGACGUUCGUGCAUGCACACGUAGCACUGACGUUCGUGCAUGCACACGUGGCACUGACGUUCGUGCAUGCACACGUGGCACUGACGUUCGUGCAUGCACAGGUGGCACCGACGUUCGUGCAUGCACACGUGAUAGUAAUGCUGCAGGUAGGAUUGAGGCGGCUGCUGUAUGCACACGUGCUAGCGAGGCUGACCUGCGUGCAGGUGGAAGCGGCAGCCCUCCCGUCGUUGACGCCGCCUGCACACGUGGCGACCCACGUGGACAUGGCGGCGACCCACGUGGCGCUCUUAAAGUUGGAGAAUCAGGCGCACGUGGCCGUGGCGACGAUGUUGUUGUGGGCACACGUGGCAGAGGCAGCGAUCUUGAUGUAGGCGCGCGCGGCAGUGGAGGCGGUGUUGAUCUAUGCACCCGUGGCGGUGGUGCCGAUGAUGUGCGCACGAGCGGCAGUGGUGUUGGCGGGCAACGGACACUUGGCAGUGGCAGCCUGGCCGUCGGCGCGCCGCGGCCAGUUGCAGAGGAGCAAACUAUUUCAGAGGCAGCUUCCCGCCUUUUUGGACAACCGUGUGAAAACCAGCAAUCAACGCCAACUGGCCUUUUCCGCAAUGAGAAGGAAAAAGACAAUGCGAAUGCUAGUGUGGUGGUGGUCCCACAUGUCCCGCGUGUCUGCGGACGGGAACAGAGUAAUGUACGGCCAGUAUUUGUACGGAAACGUGGAGCAGGCUCAGGUGGCGGAGGUAAAGAUCGGGGCCGUAAAGAUGCGGGAGGUGUAGAUGGGAGGCGUAAAAAUGGGGGAGGUAAAGAUGGGGGGAUUAAAAAUGGGGGAGGUAAAGAUGGGGGGAUUAAAAAUGGGGGAGGUAAAGAUGGGGGGAUUAAAAAUGGGGGAGGUAAAAAUGGGGGAGGUAAAGAUGGGGGGAUUCAAAAUGGGGAAGCUGCGCACCGUGAUGACGUGGCGCCAAGGGGAGGUAAAGAUGGGGGACGUAACAAUGGGGAAGGUAAAGAAGGGGGAGGUUCAGAUGGGGGACCUGCGCGCCGUGAUGACGUGGGGCCAAUCUACGGAUUGGAUGAUCAGGAGAAGGACAAAAAUGCGAGAUGCGCAAUGGGGCCACGUGGCGGGCGUGUCGCGCGUGAAAAGGAAGAAACGGACAAACGGAUGACUGUACGGAAAGAAGCCUGCAGGGACACAUGCUGUGAUGAUGACGUGGCAAUCUUAACAAAACCGGCUACACGGGUUGACGUCGGGAUUUCUGUCGUGAUGACUCGGCGUUCCGUCCGAGGCGGUGACCUCGUCGAUCCCUCAGUCACGCGGACGGGAUCCCGUCAGGCCGAUGGAGUCGAGGCCACCGAUUGCCCGUCACUGAUAGGGAGCGGAGGAGAGUCGCGCGAGGAGAAGGGGGAUGAAGUGGCAGGUGACGUGGCCGACGGUAAGCGCGUGCGCGCAAGACGUAUAUAUCGGGAUAGGUGGGGGGAUUACGAUACGACGGUGCUCAUUGGACUGCUAGGCGAAGAGCGCUCCGCUUCGAGGGGAUUGAUGGGGGGGAGAGGGGGAGGGGGAGGGGGAGGGGGAGGGCAAGAGCAAGGGCAAUCUACGGAGGAGGAGGGUCCACGGGCCAAUGGCGCAUGGCACAGAAUAGCGCGCGCGAUGCGGGCGGAAGGACUGGAGCGAACGUGGGAUCAAUGCCAGACGCGAUGGAAGAACCUUCGUCGAUGGUACCGACUUGUGGUUAAUCAUGAUCAUUCGCAAAUUGGCUGCCACCGCAGUUAUUGGAGCAUGAACCCAUCAGAACGCUGUGAGGCUAAUUUGAAUUUCGAUCUGCGCCGUAAUUGGUUUGCCGCGAUAGGUGCUUAUCUUGGGGGAGGUGAUCUUGAUAUGCCUCGGCGGCGGAGACCGGGCGGAGGCUCCGCGCCCGCGCCCGCGCCCGCGCCCGCCGCUGCGUCGCAAGGCGGUAUUGGCCACGUGUCAGGACCGGGAAAUUCCGCUAACGCGCCUCGAUCGCCUGAUCUGCACUCAGUGAGGCAGCAGCAGCAGCAGCAGCAGCAACAGCAGCAGCAUCACACGAACGUCGAAGCUUCCACCUUUCAGAAGCUGCCACGUGUCGUCACACAGUCGACUGGCGAAUGGACUCAUCAGAGCGGCGGUGAGGGGUGGAGAUCAGGCGAUGGCGGCGGCGAGGGCCGGAGAUCAGGUGAUGGCGGCGGCGGGCUGCAAGCCCUCAACAACAACGGGGAGGGAAGCAGCAGUUGGAGGAAGACGAGUGAUGAUGAAUCCCAUCGACGAAUGGACGCUUGCCACGUGUCAUGCAGUCGACGCAGGAGAGCUCCGGAUGACGGCAGUGGUGAUUACAAUUCCUCCUCCUCCUCCGUCGCGCGUUCUCACAAUAGUGAUAUUAGGGGUUGUGUGGAGGGUACUCCCUCUCCUCCCUCUAUCUCUUCUCCGUCUAGAUUAGUGGUUGUAGAGGCAGCGGGCAACGAGGGAAGAUCGGGCGAUUGUCGCUCGGCAGGCGAAAGGGCAGAGCUUGUAGAGAAUGUGAGUGGUGGUGGGCAUUAUGAACAUUGUGAGGAAUACGUGGAGGCGAGAUCAGGAGAUGGCCGCGUGUCUGGCAGUCCUCUGCACAGGCAUCCUCAGAAAGAUGACGUGGUAGCGGCAACGCGAGAGGGUGUGGAUUUUGCGGAUCUUGCAUGUCACAACGCUGAAGGAGCGCAUGAUUGCCACGUGUCAUGCAGUCGAAUCCACAGGCAGCAUCAGGAUAAGGUAGGAGUAGGUGAUGGAGAGGGGAGGGGGGGGGGGUGUGCACAUCCGGACGAGGGGGGAAGAUCAGGUGAUGAUGACUACGUGGCAGGAAGUCGAAUGCACAGAGAGCAUCACGAAAGCGAAGGAGGAGGAGGUUAUGGAGAGGGAGUGAGUGGUGGCUGUACUUAUCAGGGCGAUGACGGAAGAUCGGGCGAUUGUUGCCGCGUGUCAUAUAGUCGAGUGCACAGCAGGCAGCAUCGCGAUGACAUCGUAGACGUUGGGAACGCUGCGGGUGCUGGAUGUGCAUGUCAGAAGGGUGAGCCAUUGAGCAAUGAGGAGGAUGGAGAACUGCAGAAGAGUGAUAAGGAGGGCAACGGUGAGCCAUCGAGCAAAGAGAAGGGAGUGCUGCAGAGUGACAAGCAGGGCAGUGAAGGGUGGAGGGAGAAGAAGAGGGAUGAGAAUAGCAGUCGGAGGGAGAAGAAGAGUGAAGAAACUGUACGUUGGGAUCCCGGCUACUUGUCGGGCUGUAGAGGAGUAAAAAGGACGAGAUCUGUCGAAGAUUACAGCGAGGAGGGAGUGCUGCAGAGUGACAAGCAGGGCAGUGGAGGGGGGAGGGAGAAGAGGGAAAAGAAGAGUGAUGAGAAUAGCAGUCGGAGGGAGAAGAGCCGUGAGGACACUUUACGGUCGGAGCGCGGCCACGUGUCGGGCUGUGGAGGAGUCAGAAGGACGAGAUCUGUCGAAGAUUACAGCGAGGAGGGAGUGCUGCAGAGUGACAAGGAGGGCAGUGGAGGGGGGAGGGAGAAGAGGCAGAAGAAGAGUGAUGAGAAUAGCAGUCGGAGGGAGAAGACCAGUGAGGACACUUUACGUUCGGAGCGCGGCCACGUGUCGGGCUGUGGAGGAGUCAGAAGGACGAGAUCUGUCGAAGAUCACAACUCUUUCGGGGCACAGGUUGAUGGUGACACUGUGCACCUUCCUCCCUCUCCUCCUUCUCCAUUGCCUUAUCCAUCUCCGAAGAGACGGCGGGGAACGGCUGCAAGUGAUGUUAUGGCGGCUAUGAAGGAGGAGGAGGACAGCAGCAGUAGGGAUCUCGUGAAGGGGGAGACGAUACGUGAGGGAGAAGGGGGGCUCAAGGAAUGCCACGUGUCAGAUCUUGAGCAAUUGCCGCUGAAGGAGGAGUGGGCCGAGCUUGGUGCUGCAAUGAGCAAGGACAUGACCGAGCUUCGUGCCGCGAUGACCGAGUUUCGUGCUGUAAGGAUAUGGACGAGGAGGACAGCAGCAGUCGGGAUCUCGACCUUGGAGCUGGAAGGACGUGGCGGUCGAUCUCCGUGCAUCUGCAAGGAUAUGGCGGCCGAGCUUCCUGCUGCGACGAGCACGAAGGCUAUGGAGAAGGACAGCAGUGGUGUUGUAAUGAGGCAGCAGCAGACAAGCGAGGAGGCGGGGGGUCUCAAGGAGUGCCACGUGUCAGAUCUUGAGCAAUUGCCGCGCAAGGAGGAGGAGUCGGGCGAGCUUCCUGCUGCUGCAGUGAGAACGAAGGCAAUGGAGGACGACAGCAGUGGUGCUGUCAUCGGGGAGCCGACAAGGGAGGGAGUUGGCCUCAAGGAGUGCCACGUGUCAGAUGUUGAGCARUUGCCGCUCAAGGAGGAGUCGUCGGGCAAGCUUCCUGCUGCUGCAGGGAGAACUAAGGCGAUGGAGGAGGACAGCAGUGGUGCUGUCAUCGGGGAGCCGACAAGGGAGGGAGUUGGCCUCAAGGAGUGCCACGUGUCAGAUGUUGAGCAGUUCCCGCUCGACAAGCAGUGGAGCGAGUUCCGUGCUGCAUUGAGCAAGGACAUGGCCGAGCUUCGCGCUGCAAUGAUCGCGUUUCGCUCUGGGAUUAGCGAGUUUUGUGCGGCAAGGAGAUGGCAGCCGAGCUUCGGGCUGCAAGGAGAUGGCGGCCGAGCGCCGUGCAGCUGCACAGACAUGGCGCCCGAGCUUCGUCGUGCUGCGACGAGCACGAUGGCUAUGGAGGAGGGCAGCAGCGGUGUUGUCACGAGGGAGGAGCCGACAAGUGACGUAAUGGGCCUCAAGGAGUGCCACGUGUCAGGCGUUGAGCAGUUGCCCCUCAAGAGAGAGUGGGCCGAGCUUCGAGAUGCAUUGAGAGAGGACAUGUCCGAGCUGCGCGCUGCAACGGCCGAGCUUCGUGCCACGUGUCAGAUCUUGGAACGAUGUGACACGUGGCACGAAGCUCCGGCGGGUGUGUCUGUCCUUGGUGAAGAGGCAAUCAUGUAUCAGUCUAGGGUUUAGUUGUGAUGACGCUCAGAUAUUGGGAACGAUUUGAAACGUGGCACGAAGCUCGGCGUGUUUCUCCUUGUUGAGGAGGCAGUCGUCAGUUCAGAGAGAGUGUAGAUGGCCCGUCUUCAGCCGACUAGAACGCCCGGUCAUUAUAGCCGUAUCUGGGGCAGUUUUCUGUCUAGAUGCACAGCUAUAAUGACCGGGCGUUCUACUCGGGUGAAGACGGUAUAGAUGGGACAACGACACUCGACCGCCGAAGCACGAGGUUCGGCCACGUGUCAGAUCACCAAGCAUUACCACUUUGUACCGUCAGGCCACGUGUCGGAUUUCAGAUGCUUGUAAUUAUUAUGUUUGUUGAAAAUUCACCGACCCUUUGAUCGAACACGUGACACGUGGCACGUGGCACGAAGCUUGCCGCGUGCGUGUCAGGUCUUCUUCUUGAGCAGGUCCCCAUCGAGAAGGAGUGGGCCGAGCUUCGUGCUGCUGUGUAGUGGGCGAGCUUCGUGCCACGUGUCACCACUGCAGCACGAAAGCGCGGACACGUGUCAGACGAUCAUCAAGAAUUACCGGUCCGUACACUCCAGCCACGUGUCGGAUCUCGGAAUGAUCCAGCACGUGACACGUGGCAUGAAGCUUGCCACAUGUCAGAUCUUCUUCUUGAGCAGUUGGCGCUCAAGAAGGAGUGGGCCGAACUUCGUGCUGCUGUGAUGGGGGAGAUUCGUGCCACGUGUCAUACAGUGAGCAGUUUCUCACGUCGGCAUUGGCCGAACUCCUCCUCGUACUGCAGUGGGCCGAGCUCAGUACUCUUUACUUUAUUGCAGAUCUUUGUGCCACGUUUCAGAUAUAUGACACGUGGUGCUGAAAACUGUCCGUUCGCAGAUCUUCUUUGCUGUCAGAUCUGAGACGUGGCAGUGAAAUUUAUCCAAUGAAGAUCCCGAGCGAGG